CAUAGAGGAGGUGGGAAAGGAAUAUUUGUAGCCUUACAUUUCAUAAUUUGGACCUAGACUGUAGUAUUGGGAAUAUAACGUCAAUAUAUUAUUGGAUUGCUGAUUGAGCAGACCCCAGCGGCCCGGGCCUGAGUCCGCGGUCUUGAGUUAAGUGCUUGGGAGGGCAAGAAGCACGUCAGUUGGGCUCCCAACAAGUAAGAAAGCUGCCUGCGAUAUCGGAGUUCGUCAUGGGCGACAGUAGAGAUUCCCGCAGCCCUGACAGCUCGUCUGUGUCGUCUCCGCCCCCUGGACAACGUUCGCCCCCAUUGGGUCCCUCGGCUGCUUCCAUGACGUCUCUGCCGCCCAUCACCUCCGCGGUGAACAGCCCUAUAAGCAGCAUGGGCUCGCCCUUCUCAGUCAUCAGCUCCUCCAUGGGCUCGCCCUGCCUCCCAGGCACACCCUCCGUUGGCUAUGGUCCCAUCAGUAGCCCACAGAUGAGUAUCUAUACAAGAAGUUCAGAGAUCAACUCCACGGUGUCCAUGUCGGGCCUGCACGCGGUCAGCAGCUCAGACGAUGUAAAGCCCCCCUUCGGCCUUAAGGCUCUGUCGGCCAACAGCCCCGGGGGGCCAAUGAUGUCCCAGAAGCGCCUGUGCGCCAUCUGCGGUGACCGCUCCUCCGGUAAACACUAUGGAGUGUACAGCUGUGAGGGCUGCAAAGGCUUCUUCAAGCGCACGGUGAGGAAAGACCUGAGCUACACCUGCCGCGACAACAAGGACUGCAUGGUGGACAAGCGCCAGCGCAAUCGCUGCCAGUACUGCCGCUACCAGAAGUGCCUGGCCAUGGGCAUGAAGAGAGAAGUGGUCCAAGAUGAACGACAGCGAUCCGUUCAAGAGGAGCGACAGAGAAACAAGGAGCGGGAAGGCGACGUGGAGUCCACCACCGCUGCCAACGAGGAGAUGCCCGUGGAGAAGAUUCUGGAUGCCGAGAUGGCCGUCGAACAGAAGACUGAACUGCACGCCGAUGGGAGCUCCGGGGGAAGCUCUCCCAACGACCCCGUCACCAACAUCUGCCAGGCGGCUGACAAGCAGCUCUUCACGCUGGUGGAGUGGGCCAAGAGGAUCCCCCACUUCUCUGAACUGGCCCUGGACGACCAGGUCAUCCUGCUGCGCGCUGGUUGGAACGAGCUCCUGAUUGCCUCCUUCUCUCACCGUUCCAUCACUGUGAAGGACGGCAUCCUGCUGGCCACUGGCCUCCAUGUGCACAGGAACAGUGCCCACAGCGCUGGCGUAGGGGCCAUCUUUGACAGGGAGAAUGCGCACAAUGCUGAGGUUCGGGCCAUAUUCGACAGGGUGCUCACAGAGCUGGUGAGUAAGAUGCGUGACAUGCAGAUGGACAAGACUGAGCUGGGCUGCCUGCGCGCCAUCAUUCUCUUCAACCCAGAUGCAAAAGGCUUGUCCAGCCCCAGUGAAGUAGAGUUGCUGAGAGAGAAAGUCUAUGCGUCCCUGGAGGCCUACUGUAAACAGAGAUACCCUGAGCAGCAGGGCAGGUUUGCUAAGCUCCUCCUCCGACUGCCAGCCUUGCGCUCCAUUGGUCUGAAGUGUCUGGAACACCUGUUCUUCUUCAAACUGAUUGGUGACACCCCCAUCGACACUUUCCUGAUGGAGAUGCUGGAGGCUCCGCAUCAGCUCACCUAAACCGGCCUGACCCUGUCCGGCUUCAUCCACCUUCUCACCAGGGCUACCCGGCACCCUGCCCGCCUGUGGACCUCACCGAGGCCGCUGGUUAAAAGAGUUCCACUCACAUCCUACUCCGCUCCUCUUUCUCUUCUGUCUUUCCCCGUCUGCAUCCCUCUGUCAUCCGUCUCUCUCUCUCUCUCUCUCUCUCUCUCUCUCCUUUUCCCCCUAAGUUGGUAUUGCCCCAGAGAAAGACCCAACACUGUCGAAAAAAGAAAAAAAAGCAGACAAAAAAAAAUCACUUUUGUUUCCUCCUGAACUGAAAUAGUAUGUGAAGUUAAUACACACAGAAACCUUUUUUUUUUUUUAAAGAAUGUACCUAUAGUUCCAAGUACACCACAAACUUUGCUUAUUUGUUUCCUUUUACCUUUAGAUUACUGUUUGAGAGCCUCCUGAGGAAAUCGCUGGAUAAAUCCAGCCCCCUGUAGCUUCUGUGUGUUACAUGAGCAUACAAAAAUGAUGCUCAGUUUCCUUCUUUUUCUUUCCUUUCUGGACGGUUUGUUGGACUUUUGGGUUAAAACCCCCGAAGCCCUGCUCUCAGGGGGGAAUGAAUUUGCAUUGGACGAUUGCUUGACCUCUCCUCUGAACUCCUAUUGGCCGGGGUACAUCUGACGCUGACUGGCCCGACCUGGCCGCUAUCGAAUCUGGACGUGACCAGAACGUGACCGCUGCGUACAUGCAAUGUUCAGGCUUUAACUUUGAAUGAAUAUUUUCUAAGUACUGUACUCAUGAAAUGAGGCGAAACCUGUUUUUAAAGGCAGUGAAAAAAAAAUCAGGGUUGCGCUUUGGUUGGCCCUGAACAAAACGCAAAGUUAAGGUUUUUGACUUUGACUAUUUGGAAAUGGUGUGCUGUUAAGGAUUUUUUUUUUUUUUUUUUUUUAAAGGCUGGACAUGAGUUUGCUUCAUGUCUACGCAUGGAUGGGGCGGGACAAAUCUUGUUCUGUGUUUUUGUUUUUUAUUUUGUUUGUUUCUUUUUCAUUUUUAAUUGAGCCUUGUUACCGAGAGCCAUUUUUCUUUUUUCGCACCAUAUGCAAGCUUUUUCUCCCAUGAUCAUGUGCUGUUCUCCACACACGUUUAUCAGUUCUCACCACCACCAACCGUUAUGUACUCAAUACACAGUUCUGGACUUCUUAACUCUAACAUCCAGGAGAGAUAUGUAUCGCAGAAAACCUUGACCUUUGACACUGUAAUCCCCAAACAUCCAGCAUCUCUUCCAUGUUUCUGUGAUGAGUCACAUCACUUGGUUCUCUUUUAACUCUUGGCGAAGAGAGAGAGAGAGAGAGAAAGUUCCUCUGUGAAGAUUUUACUGUUGCAUCACAAACUGAAGAGGAACCAACCUCCUUACAUGUGGAAACAUCCUUGUCUGCAUGCUAAAAUGGCGGUGUAAAUUUUGUCGGUUCAGGACAAAUUCUGAGUCUCUCUUCCAAGACAGUGCAGUCUAGCAGCCAUGUUGGAUGGAGUUCUAUUGCAGGACACAUUUAGUUGCUUGACAUACAUUCCAUUCCUACCGGUGCACUACUCUUGAGUGGCCCCACGUUUGACCCCAUGUUAGUGCUGUGACAGGUUAGUUUUACGACAGCUUGCUGCCCCUCACCUUGUAGCAUAGCCAAUGUAUCCUGAGAAUCAACUUUGCUCCAUACUCUGGCCUGCAGAAUAGAGGCCGGUGGAGUUUCUUUCCGUUACGUCAGCCAUGGUUUCCGUUGUAAUCACAUCUGGAUCGGGUGGUUUCUUGAAGCUCGUCCCAUCAGUUAAGGCACGAUCAGCAGCAACGACUGUCUAUGCAUUCGGUAGGAGUAGAUGAUACUCACGUGCAUAAUGGUGCACAAUUUAUGCAAACAAAUGAAGACACAGUUGUUCACCGCACACACACGUCCCAAUAGACUGUAGGUUUUGAGGUUCAUGUUUAUAAGUGGUUGAAUUAUAUAAAGAUGAUAGUUGUAGACCAGCUCAGACAAUUUAGUUGUCUCCCUUGCUGAGUUUAGACCCAUCGUGGAGUGCUGGUGCUUAUAUUGUGAUCUUUUAUUCACUUUUUUAGAGCACCGGAUAGAUCACUGAAAGACGACAUGGUUGUAUUUACAUGAAUCAAAGAUGCAUCAAAAUCUGUGAUAAUUUAAGACAGAGGAGUAUUGAUAGAUGAAACUGGUUGGCCAUGGGGUUACUUUGGUGCUAAUUCCAGAAACAAGUUCAAGCAGGCACACAUGUCCGUUACAAUUGCUCACACACACACACACACAGUCACACUUUCAUAUUGUAUGCAAGUAAACAGUCAGUCUCAGGCUGUCUUCAUUGUAAUUGCAACUUCUACUGAGCAGAAAUAUUUAAAGGCAUAUAUCUUAUCACUGGAAGGGGGUGUGGCGAGGUCUUUUAGGUAUUGAAUGCAAGAGGCAGAUUCCAUCACAUGAACUGGCUAGGUUGGUGAUUUGCAGUUUUGAAGGUAAAAGCACCUGUGCUUCUGGAUGUGAGUGCUGUAAUUGACAGGUGAAAAGAAGCAGUUGUGGUGGUGUGUGGUUGAGUUUUUAGGUUGUGAAUGUAUAAGGGGGUCGGCAACAACUUCCUAUUGCAUCUCCUGCGUGAGUAUUUGGACUUACCUGAUGUUCCAAGUCAAUUCUGCAUGGUCUGUGUUCCAGGAAUUCUCUGUCACUGAGAAAGCUUCCCCACUGUUAAAAGGCACACUGCUGGUUAUUAUAGGUGAUGAAAGUCUUUUUGUUCAUAGUUGUGUUUGGAGCUGGUUUGACAUCCUGCCGUUCAGUGGGACAGAGGUCCUGAAACUGAUGUCCUUUCCCGUUGUCACAGUAAACUGGAUCCAUCAUUACUCAGUAUGUGUGAUUGGGAGCCUCCCUCCAAAUCUAUCUGAUGUUACAGAGGAGGUUCCCUUAAUUGGGCGAGGCUCUUGUUUUGUGAUAUUUGUAUGUCGUUAGUUUGUUUGUGUGUUUUUUUUUUUAUUUUUACCAGUGGGUACUCAGUCAUGAGUUUUUUUUUUUAUUUUUUAUUAUUGUUUUUUAUUUUUUUAUUUUAUUUCAGCAAUUAGUGGGCUUUUAUCUGUGUGGAACCAGGCCCUUUGGCAAAUUGAACGACUUGUGUUGAGCAUAGGUAUUUGGGAGUGGCAGCGGGGCAGGAUGGUUGGUGUUCAUUUGGGUAGAGCAUGGGAAGAGAAGAUGCCCACAGGUUGAUGACGUCAGCUCAGACCUUGUCUGAGUUGCAGCAGCCGUUCGAUUGUGGCGCCCCCUGUUGCAGUGGGUGAUGUUGCGCUGUCGAGGACUGCUAGGCGUGCCCGAGCUUGAGGUCUAUGCACAGAGACUUACCAUCCAGCCUCACACCCUUUUCCAUGCACACGUGUCUAUAUUUAUAUGUUUUUAAUCAUGCUUCGAAAAGAAAAGGAAAAAAAGAUCGGUCAAAAACGCCAAGCUGGUUAAUGUGACGCAAUGCUUAUUUAUGGAGCUGGAGCGCCCAAUAGCAACGAACAAAAAUUCCCACUAGUUUUGUUUGUGUCUUUCCUCCCCAACUCUCUUUCCACCUUACAGGACAACAACACUGCCAAAACAGAUGAUGCAAACUUUGAGGGAGGGAGGGCAGGGAAGGGACAAACCUUAAGCUUGCUUGUAUCUGUGGGCCUGGCUGUGCAGCUGAGCAGUCACACCCACCCCAUCCCCACCCCCUCCCCAUCCCCUCUUCAUAGAUGUGAAGCUCCAUAAAGCAGAGAGGGGGGGGGGGGGGGUCAUGGAGAUUCAGGUGGAGGAGAGCUCCAACUGGUGCCCUCUCUUCCAAAUACCCUGGGUGCUUUUUUUUUGUUUGUAUGUCUUUCUUUUAUUUUCUGCUCCUCUGCAGAAUGCCAGAAGAGUUAGGCCCCCCUGGCCUGUGAGAAUAUGCACGACAUUGUGGAUCCCCGCACCACCUAUGCCAAGGUGUAGAGUUUUAGGUGGUGGCUGGGACCUUACUUGUCUUGACUGUGUCUGUCACAAAAAAAAAAAAAAAAAAAAAAAAAAACUUAAAGAGUGUGUUUACGUGUACACAGCGAUGGGGUGCACUGUGCCAGAGUGUGUUGGACUCUUAUCUUUUAAAAAAAAAAUGAAAAAAGAGAAGAAAAUUGUGAAUAUGAAUGAUUCUAUUCAGAACCUAAAGGUGCACCACAAGAGCCACACCUCUAAAGAGUGACCCCUCGCCAGGAAUGAACUUGAGAAGGGGUGGGGCAGGAGAGCCCCACCCCUUAUUGGGCGUGAUUUAUCUUUUCAGAGGCAAAGAUCGAUACACCUUAUUUGCAUAGGGUGAGACGGACUCUUGAGCAGGUAUUGAUAGUUUAAUGUUAAUCGAAUAAGAAAAAAAGUACUAUUUGUUAUCUUUUUGUUUGGUUUUACUUUAGGCAUAGCAAUUUUUCUUCUCUUUUGUCUCCCACACAAAAAUAAAAUUAAGAAAGGAAAAAAACGACACUGCUUCUUUGUCUGUCUGGCGGCUUCCACUACCUGUGCUUUCACAUCCGUGUGUCUCCAGGAGUAUUACAUGCGCAAGAACCCUUAUGUCCAGUGGGAGAGUCGCUUCUUUUUUCUGUUUCUCUUUUUUUUUUUUUCCUUUUGUCCACUUCGUAUAUCUCUCUCUGACUCCAGCAUAAAUGUGGAAAUGAUUGAAUAUUUUUGUGUGUUUUGGGGGAAGAACGUGAAAAAGAAAUGAUUUCUCUUUUGUCAUUAAUUCUGAAACUGUUUCUGUUUGAUGUAUCAUGUCUGAGUAAAGAUUUUAAUACAGUA